CGACGCUAUCCAAGAACCAUAUUCUUACUGGUCUUGACAAACGCACGAUACCAAUGCCUUUGUCACCUCAAUCGACGGACUCUUUAUCGAGCACAGGGCGUCAAUCGCUUGGCGUCAAUUCUGUGUCUGAAUUUUUAAGUCAGUUUCCUGUUUCAAACAACCUUCCAUCGAAAUCGUGGGAAGACUUGCCAGUUACUUUUCUUCAUGAUAACGAAAUUGCUUUGAUAGACCCAGAAACGUCUAUGGAAGACGCUAGUUCGAUUCUCAUUGAUCGUGAACUCAGUGCACUUCCCAUCCUUGCUGCCAAGGGAAGUAACGAAAUAGUUACUACGUUUGACUACGCGGAUUUAAAUGCAUUUCUGCUGAUGGUUGUGGGGUUUGAUGAUUUCAAUGAUGAUAGAUUUAAAGGACUUGCUGAGAAGGUUCGUGCUGGGCAAGUGGUCACCGCAUACGAGGUUGCUGUCCUUGGAAAAAACAAAGAUGUAUUCAUGACUAUUCCACCCACAACUACUCUUGGAGACCUGGCAAAGAUUUUGGCUGGCGGUAUUCGCCGUGUCGCUGUCACAGAUGAAUCUGGCGACUUGAGCUUCAUGGCAUCUCAAAGAUCUAUUAUUCGAUUUAUUUGGAACAACAUUCGUGCAUUCCCUGACUUAGAGCCCCUCAUGUCCAGAACGAUUCACUCUUUGGAUAUCGGUAGUUCUGAUAUAACUUGUAUUUCAGGCGAUGAAAAAGUCGCUCUUGCAUUACGCCAAAUGAAUCAAACGGGUAUCGGUUCACUUGCUGUGGUGGAUUCUCAGUUUCGCCUACUUGGAAAUAUAUCUUUGGUUGAUGUGAAAUAUGUUACACGAUCUUCGUCUGUUUAUCUCCUUAAUAAAUCCUGUGCUCACUUCUUGAGUGUAAUCAAGAGCGAGCAAGGCAUUCGUGCUGGUAAGGACAGUGCUCCUGCGUUUAAUAUUUACGAAUCAUCCACAUUCGCCUUUACAUUGGCAAAGUUGGUUGCUACACAAUGCCAUCGUUUAUGGCUUGUACAAUCACCAUCUUGUCCUCCUUCCCCUAAAAACAAUUCUCAUUUUACUGGUUCUAGUGGAGGUGUAAAGGUCAACCAGCUACUUGGAGUUGUUAGUUUAACAGACAUCAUUUCUGUCUUGUACGCACAUAUGAAAGGUACCUUGGUCCCCCCUCCGGCUUCUUCUCAUCGACAUGGCCGUCGUGGUAGCACUAGCAGUCAUCGAAGCCAUAGUAAGGCAAGUGCUGAUAUCAGCAUGCGUCGGUGAUUUACAUGAUUAUUUUGAAUAACUUAUUUCCCCACCGAAUGAAGGGCUUCGUUUCCGGUCUUACCUUUUACUGUUCCCCGAUGUGACUCAUGUUCCCAUAUUUAUGAUGGUUUUGAUCUGAUACUAAUAACCUAUGCUGGAUAAAGUAAUUAUUUGUAUUUUUUGACUUUUUAAGCCAGUGCUUUAUCCUUUUGAAAAUUAUACAACUAAUGUUUUUGAUGUUGAUUAUUGGAUUUUCUAUAUAUAAUUACUACUAAUGGAUUAUUUCCUGUGGUUGAAUUUUUAGACCGAAGAGAAAAUUUAUCCGAUAUCAGUUUCUUCUAGGCCACUAGUUUGGUUUUUUGUUGUCAUUAUUGGUAGGUCUGAGAAAGUAACGUCAGUAUACGUGUAUGACUAUAGUCAAAAACAGAAAAAAAGAGAGAAUAGAUCGACAGUUAGACCUGAUCUAUAACGUUACCUCUGAAUAAUAAAUGAAAUAGCGAAUAGUAGUUAUAUAAAUAGAAUAUCUAUAAAGGAAUUUUAUUGAUAUCUAAAUGAAAAACUAAUAACAUUCAAUAAACGUUGUUUUCAUAAGUUGACGCGACCUUAAUAAAUA